AUGCCUUCGCCCACGCAUGGCGGACGUGCCGGCGGCGCGUCGUCAAGCCAACCGCACUCGGCCGCGGCGACCAACGACAAGCGUCAUUCAAGACACGAGAGGGAAAGACGACAAGAAGGGACACGUGAUCGUGAUCGUGAUCGUGAUGACCCCAAGUUCGUGGGAUCCUGGCGUAUCGGCAAAACCAUCGGCAAAGGCUCAUCAGGUGACUUCAGGCAUCCGAACUAUGGGCUUACUUUCUGCCGCCUCGUUCGCAAGCCCGACCACUGAUAGUGACCUUGUUUCCGCAUCUUCGUGCUCUAUGUUUCAGGACGGGUCAAGAUAGCUAAACACAAGGAGACGCACCAGUACGCUGCCAUCAAGAUCGUUCCCAAGCCUCGUGCCGCCGCAAAAUCGGCGUCAAAGGCUGACAAGGUGGGUCCACUGACUAGAGGGGCGUCAGCAAGGGGUGAGAGCUAACACGUCGGCGGUUCUGCGCGAGCUCCAGAUGCUGCUCGGAAUUGAGCGGGAGAUCGUGAUCAUGAAGUUGAUUGAACACCCCAACGUACUCCGACUUAUGGAUGUUUGGGAGACCCCUGACGAUCUGUACGCUCUACGCUCUUUCCUUGGCCCCGCGAGCGGUCGAUAAGCUCCAUUUGAUUCAAGAACUGACUCCCGGAACCACUUCGAUCACCGGUCUCCAGCUAUCUGAUCAUGGAAUAUGUUAAAGGUGGCGAACUGUUCGACUACCUUGUAUCCAAGGGAAGUCUGCACGCCGAUGAGGCACUGCACUACUUUCAACAAAUCAUUUCCGGUGUCGACUACUGCCACCGCUUCAACAUAUGCCACCGGGAUCUUAAGCCCGAGAAUCUGCUGCUUGAUGGCGAUGGAAACAUCAAGAUUGCGGACUUCGGUAUGGCCGCCUUGGAACGCGGCGGGAAACUCCUCGAAACGAGCUGUGGUAGCCCACACUACGCCUCACCCGAGAUCGUUGCGGUGAGUCGUUGCGCUGCUGUUUGUCAUCUUAGGUCUCACCUGCUGAAUGCGCGAGGUUGUUCGGCCGUAUGUAGGGGCUGAACUAUCAUGGCGCAUCGUCGGACAUCUGGUCCUGUGGUAUCAUCCUCUUUGCCUUACUGACGGGUCGACUGCCGUUCGACGACGAAAAUAUUCGCAACCUUUUGGCUAAGGUCAAGGUUGGCCGCUUCACGAUGCCAGCCGAACUCACGGAUGGCGCCAAGGACCUGAUCAGGAAGAUGCUUGAGGUUGAUCCGGAGAAGCGCAUCACGGUGUGUACCCGCUCGACGUGGGCUCUCCAAGGAAGCAGCGAGUAACUGGGCAUCCAUUCACGUUUCUGACCGCAGAUGGAUCAAAUUCAGCGACACCCUUGGGUCACUCGGAUUCCUCCGCGGUCAAUCCAUGGCGCACCUACCUUUGUCCCGCCUAGCAUCGACUCGAUCGAUCAUCCGGUUGCAUCCCGACGAGAGAUCGAUAUGGAAAUUCUCGCCAACCUCAAAACCUUGUGGAAUGGCGCUGCUGAGGAGGACAUCAUUCAAGCCCUGCUGUCUAGCGAAAAGUCGUGGGAAAAAGUGUUUUACUGCUUACUGUACAAGUACCGCACUCGAAACCUGGAGAACUUCAACAUGGACGACGAGGAAAUCUAUAGACCACCCAAGAAGGCCGAUCGAGGUGCGUUGAUUUCAGAUGCUGCAGCCCUGCCAGCGCUGCCUUUGUAGAAUUUGACGAGGUUGUUGCUCUUUACCAGAAAAACAGCAACAUGUCGUCUCUUCGGGCGCAACCGCCAAUCGCAGUCGACGAUCACGGUCAUCCUCGUUCAACGUGGCCGCAGGCGCAUCUUCUGAUGGUAAGCGUCCGAGCAAACCCACAAGUGCCGCCACGACAGCGGCCGCUGCCAUAACUCGCCCUGCUCCACCGGUCCCGACUAUGGCUGCUCGUGCCAUCGACCCAUCGUCUGUGACGGCCAUGACUUCGACGGCGGCCACCUUGGCUGGGCCCUCCGCACAAAAUUCACGCGGCCCUCGCCCUUUGCCUUCUGCGCCGAACUCGUCCACGCCCUCGGCGAACCGCGUACCGCAAAUUCAGUUGCAGUAUGCGACCCCGGAGACGGGUACGCCAUCUGCUUCGAAGUCCGCUCCAAAGCCGCCCCAAUCGCCCGGAUGGGAAAGCGUGCCGUCCUCACCAUCUCCACUAGCCAACUCCACCUUCAGAUCGAGCCUCGACCCGGGCGUAGACGCGGCCAAUGCGUCUGCCGUUACCUCGGUCCAACCGAGCAACUCUUCUCGGAUUGUCGAGAAAUAUGAUGGUGCGGUUUUGGCUGCAUCCUCGGCACCCCCCGUGCUGCCCAUCGCGAUCCCACAAACAGGCGACGCGGCGAUGCAGCAAUUUUUUCACGAUCUCGUCGGACAUCUGCAAACAAUGUCCUUGCAUGGCUCUUCGCCGAGCUCGCCGGUGUCGUCUCCCCCAACAUCUCACCGUCAGUCCUUCCUGAGCGCGACCUCGAAUGUUGGCCCCGUUAUGACUACGCAUCACUCGGCGCAUACGCGGCGGCGAUCAUCGGCUGGCGAUCAAUUCGAAGAUGCUGAGGAAGAUGAGUCAGACAACGCGAACUCAAUCACCGGUUACUCGCCAUUCAUGAGCGGUUGCGAGUUUCAGGUCGGCGACACGGUCAGGUCACGCGAUGAGGCGACUUCGCCGGCCAUGUCGAUGUCUACGAACGCUUCAUCGCCUCAGCGUACUUCACAUCAGAUGCCGCUUGGCCGGCCGCGCUUUACAGUUCGAGGCUCUUCCAGGGGUCCCGUCAGCGACGGGUCCCGACCGAGCUCGUCCCGCGUCGCCAGCUCUUACACCGAGGACAAAGAAAACACCCGUGUGACACCCCAUCGCAAUUCUGCGCCUCCACCUCUGGCACCUCGUAUGCAACAGAAGAUGUCGAGCCAAGAGCAGCGCAGCGCUCUGCAGGGCCUGGCAAUUCAAAGCGUUGCGUUCGACUUCGAGAUCAUUGAACGGCCCGAAUCGCCGACCGCCUUGCUCAAGCUGUCGCAGCAGCAGAAGAAGCUGAAGGCGGACAAGAAGCACCAUCGUGAGUGAUGUAAAGGCAGAAUCGCAGAUGUGUGUAUUAUGUCAUUCGACGCUCACGGAUCGCGAGGUAUCUCCCCAUCAGGAUCCGCGCCAGCUGUGGGAUUCUCGCCAGUUGUGGGCAUCUCGAGGGGCUCACAGUCCUCGCCCAAGCAAUCCUGGUUCGCCGGUCUGUUCCACUGGAAGCAGUUGUCGUACACACUGAUGUCGACUGAGGAUACCAACUCGACGCGCUCCACUUGCAAGCGGAUACUCGAGAGCCUCGGCGUAAUAGUGCUGCUUGCCAACGAAGGCGGAAGCUCCAUUCUUAAAUGUCGCUUUGCUGGUGACGGAUUGCGAGGUGAGCCCAUUCGCGUUGGGGUGUGCGUGACUUUGUCACGGCUCGACUGAUCCGACCCUGCUGUAAAUCGCAGAGUCACACGGUUCAGCUGGAGCGCUCAAGGCGGUCAAGUUCCGCGUCGAGAUCUCCCGCCACGGACAUCACUCGCCUUCAAUGGGGGUCCCGUCGCCGAACCCGAACCACGACCGCAUGCUUUACCCCACGGUCGUAACUCUCGUUAUGGAGAAGGGUGCACACUCGACCUUCAAAGCGACGUACAAUCGACUGCGAUCGGCCUGGGAACUCGAUGCCCCUUCGUCGGCUGGUGGUGGUCUAAGAUUGAUUCCAAGUCCGCUUCAGUCGCCGGCUAUCGGCGCAAUGAAGAGUCCCCUCUUGGCUUAA